GAAGGCAGCAUGUGAACAUGCCUUUUGUGUGAGAUGUCAUGUGUCGCUUGGCGUCAUGAGGAAACACUCACUCUGAGAACCUCGCUGACAGAAGACUGUGCUGUAUUGUCGCUCCACGUCCUGCUGAGGAGGUCUUAAACUGUCUACUGUUUUCAGGAUUCCUCCUCUCCUUUGUCGUUAUGUCAUCGUCUGCAAACUCGAGCUGAAAAACAAGAAACGAAACCCUGAAGUUUAAACAUGGAGACGCAUUUUGAUCAGUCAACAGACAACAUCGCCUCAGUGGAGUCAACAGAUCCUCCACCAAGGAUGACAAAACAACAGAUCCUCACCUUAUUAUCAAUGGCAUCUGUCAACUUUAGUUCAAUGAUCUGCUACUCCAUAUUAGGACCAUUCUUCCCCAAUGAGGCGUUAAAGAAGGGAGCCACCCAGACCAUCGUUGGUCUUAUAUUCGGCUGCUACGCUGUCAGCAAUUUAAUUGGCUCAUUGAUACUGGGAAAAUAUAUUGUCAAAAUUGGAGCAAAGUUCAUGCUUGUAACGGGGCUUUUUGUGUCGUCAUUCUGCACCAUCCUCUUUGGAUUGCUGGACAGGGUUCCUGCAGGGACUGCUUUCAUUACGCUGUGCUUUGUAGUGAGGUCCAUCGACGCUGUGGGCUUUGCUGCCGCGAUGACCUCCACUUUUGCAAUGACAGCGAAGAUAUUCCCAAACAAUGUGGCGACUGUGCUGGGUAGUUUGGAGAUGUUCACAGGACUUGGUCUUAUUCUGGGGCCACCUGUUGGAGGAUGGUUCUACCAGUCAUUUGGAUAUGAAGUCCCUUUUAUGCUUCUUGGAUGUUUCCUAUUAAUCAUGGUCCCUUUCAACAUUUACGUCCUGCCAACCAUUGAAGCGGAUCCCUCCCAGGAUUCCUUCUUUCGGCUCCUCAGCCAUGUGAAAAUAGUCCUGAUCUGCUAUGUGAUAUUCACUCUUAGUGCAGGUCUGGGCUUCUUGGAUGCCACGUUGUCUUUGUAUGCCAUGGAGGAGUUUCAUCUCUCAGCUGGCUACGUGGGACUCAUCAUGCUUGGGUUGUCGUUACCAUACUGUCUGGCCUCUCCACUGCUGGGCUAUUUCACAGACAAAUAUCCUGCCACCAGGAGCUGGUUCAUGGUGAUUGGAGGUGUCGCAACAGCAGUUGGCUUCUGUCUGCUGGGUCCUCUCCCGUUCCUUCACAUCCCGAGUCAGCUGUGGUUGAUGAUCCUCAUGCUCGGGGUAAUUGGGUUUUCUCUGGGUAUGACUGCAAUCCCAACGUUCCCUGAGAUCAUUUCACAUGCAUAUGACCAUGGAUUUGAAGAAGGACUUAGCACUCUUGGUAUGGUGUCCGGACUGUUUGGAGCAGUUUGGUCUUUGGGGAUGUUUUAUGGCCCUGUCGUUGGUGGACUUAUAACAGAAUAUCUGUGCUUUGAAUGGGCGGCUGCAAUCCAAGGAGGCUUGGCGUUUCUCGCUGCCUUCCUCCUCGCUGUGCAUUAUGUCUGUCAACCCCCAAAACAACAAAGCAUCCAGGAUGAUAUUCGACACAGAGACGAAAGUACUCCUCUCCUGAUUGAAUGAAGCCCUCAGCAACAUGUGGAAGUGUGCCAUACUGAACAAAACAAGAUCUUAAUGUUUUAUAAAGUUUUUAUAUCAUUAAUUGCUUUUUAACAUUUUAAAUUAUACAUAUUUGUUGUUGCAGAUAUUGUAAUAUUUUCUACUUGCACCAUGGAAGCAUAUUUUAACAUAACAGUUUUGUUAUGUAUUUAUGAAAUGUUUAAAAGCUGUGUUUGUAGAGGGUUCUGACUUUAAGUAUAAAAAGCAGUGCCACUGUAA